GGCGCUUUCCACGCCCCGCCCUCGCUCGGCGCCCGGGAGCCCGCAGCGCGGAGGGACCGGCUGGGCCUGAGCGACAUGUCGGUGCCCCCGGCCGUACAGAUCCGCGAGGCCAACGCGCACCUGGCGGCGCUGCACGGGCGCGUGGCGGAGCUGGAGCGGCGGCUGGGCGCGGCCGAGCGCACGGUGCGCGGGCAGGCGGAGAGCCUCAUCCGCAAGGACGGCGAGCUGCGCGCGGCGCUGCGGGAGCUGGGGGCUGCCAAGGACAGAGAAAUUACUGCUCUGCAGCAGAAGCUGCUUUCAUCUGAGGAGACCAUUCAGAAGCUGUUGAAUGUCAUCCAGAAAAAAGAUGACUUCAUUGUACAGCUGAAGCACAGGAGUCAUCUUCUGACUAAAAUCUGCAGAAACCGACCCACCCUGGACAAUCUUCUCUCUUACAUGGCAGAAGGGGAACAGUUAAGUACCUUUCCAGGGACCCAAAGUGAUUCCAGUUCUCCGGUCCAUGACGAGUUCCAGGAGUCACACUGUAUCACCAACCAGAUAUCAAAGAACAAAGACUUCUCUCUCUGUGAAGAUGACCUGGAAGAUCAGGAAUUGGAUACGAGCCAGUUUGGGACGACAGUGUGAGCUGAGCGUGGAACAUGACCUUUAUUACAAAUACUCCAGUUCUGUUUUUCAGUCUUCUGAAAAAACCAGGUUCAGGUGGGAGUCUGUCCCUCACCCCCUCAGUUCUUGCAAGUAGCCUUUUCUAUAUCUCCUUCAUUGAGGACUCAGGAAAGUGAGCUCUAUGCAAUACUACCUACCUGAGUGGAUACUAACCCUUGGUGAAAUGGGCACUUAAGGGUUUUCCACUGUUCCUUUAUCAUGGGGAUCUUUUAAUUCCUCCUGUCCUUCAGUGUUUACUUUCCUCUCUGAUCCCAAACACUUCAUGUUAAGGAUACUUAAGUCAAACGCUGUAUAGUAGACCUUCCAGCACUUUUGGCCAAAUGUAUCACCAUUGACUUUCAGCUUCUGUUGGCCUAAGUGCUGCUCCUCAUCCAGGUCUGCUGUAUAUCAGAGCCAUAGACGGUGAUUGAUUAGAGCAGGAUGUUUAUAUACCAAAAUCUAGGAUAUGUGAUGUCUGAGUCUAUAAACCUAUAAAAUAUUGUGCAGUCUUGGGAAUGAAAAAUCUAAGCGCUCAAAGUUUUAUAUGUUUCAGCUAAAGGACAUAUUAAAUUAGUAAAAAGCUAUCUCUUCUGGGAAGUUUGGCUGCAUUGGGUUGAGUUAUAUGUUGAAUUCCCAACCUGCUGUUUUGUUUUUGAGAUUAGAUUGAAGAUGAAUCAAAUCUCUUUUCUUUUGCUCUGUGGAGUUAGCACAGAAAGAAGGAAACUAGUGUAUGGAUUUGAGGCAGAUUCACAAUGUAACUGGAGGGAAUCCAUUUUCUGAAAUUCACCUUCUUUCUAGAUUGUGUGUUACCUGUUUUAAAAUUAGAGUGGAGGAAUGAAGGGGAAAAUAUCACAUUCAUUAGUAAGAGGUGUAGUCACUACAGUUGGUCGUGGGAUUUUAAGGAAUAUUUUGCAUAAAUUUAAGUUUCUGGAUAGAAGGGUUGGUUUCUGACUUGAUCGCUCUCAGACUUGCAUUUGAAACUUGGUAGAAAAAUUAAUCUAUUUUAAGCUUUUUAAAAUUCAGCCUCUACUGUCCUCUUACAGCUUUAAGAUUGGCACCAGUCACUGCAUGGAAAUUUUGCUGCACAAAGUGGCCAGCUGUAACCUCUCUGCCUUUGUCUAGUACAUGUAGAUUUUCUCUGUGGUCUAACCAGAUUUCUUUUCCAAAUUCUUCUUGUUUAAACUCUCUGACUGACAGUAGCUCUAUAUGCAAUUCUCUGUAGCUGGCUAAGUACUUUUUUAUAUCUAUCAUAAAGACCUGCUUUUAUAUGGGAUGGUCCUUGUUCAGAAUUCUUCAGUGGGAAACAAAAUGUGAGAAUGGGUAUUCCACUGCAAAUAAGAGUAAAAGAAAAUCUCUUAUAAUUCCUUUUUGAGAAACUGUUAUAAACAUAUGCAACAUAUUUAUACCACCAGAGUGAAUUUCCUUAAUUUUUAUAAAUCUAAACCCCUGACUACUCUUGGUCACUAAAAGUUCCUUUGCAUUUUUUGAAAAACAAGGGUUUGGCAAUUAUAUCCUUGCCAAAUGCUAACUCAGGUAAAUACAUUCUGCCUCCAUAUAGUCUCUGCCAUUUACAGUCAAUAAAUAAUUCUUAACUUCUCCUUCGUCAGCUGUGUGGGAACAGUGCUGGUGGCACAGGAUGGACACAGUUACAUACUGUGAGAAUAGUAUUUUUGUAGUGGGUGGAGUGACUGACGUCUGUUCGAAGAGUUUGUAAAAGCACUUGGUGAUUUGGGAUUAUAGGUGCUAUGUAAACAUAAGGGAUUAUUAUUUCUUUACAAGUCUACAGUAAAUGUGCAAAUCCCAAGAAGACUUACAUACUUUAAAUCCUUUGAGAAAGAGGAUGAUAUUGUACAUUCCUUCAACAGUUCAGAGUUUUUAAAAUCUUGCCUUCCUUAACUUUCCAGGCCUCUUUCUAAACUUUAAGAAUGUAAAUUUGUGUCAACAUUUAAUCCGUUUAUCAUCUGUUUGUUACUGUGAGUGAAGGGCUAAGCAAUUAGUUACUGUUUUAAAUAAAAACUCAUUUCACGUUUUUUUUCUCACUGAUUAUUAUAGCAGUAUCAUCCAGCUGCCUGUAUUUAUUAUUUUUGUCACACUUGCAUAUGCCCUCGCUUAAGUUUUUCUUGCAGGAUACAAAAUAAACAUAUUUUGGCAUAUUCAA